AUGCUUUAGUCUUUUUUAAAUUGUUUCAGAAAGCAAAGAAAGUUUAGUAUGGAUAGAGAUUAUGGAAAGGAUAUCCUAUCUUCAGUCCAAGACAUUUUACCUUUUUCCUUUUAGAAACAUUACUAUAACAAGUAAAAUAUGAAUAAAAUAGGAAGUCAUAAGGAAUUAGUAGCAGGAACUGAUUUAAUUAGGUUAAGUCAGGAAUAAGGAAUAUUUUCACCUAAUCCUUCAUAAACGAAUAUUCGAUUAAAUUUUUUAGAAAAUAUUGAUGAACAGUUUUUAAAAAAUGAGAAUCCUUAUUAUUGCUAAUUUUCUUUAGAUUAUUUUGGGUUGAAUAAUAAAUUUAGACAAUGUUGCAUUUUUAUAAAUGAAUCUCGAGUAUAUUAAUAUACAGUGUACAUAUUUGUAUUAUUUACAAACUAUAUAGACAUCAUUUUGUAUAAUAAUUUUGAUAAUCAAACCUUACAAUAAUGAAGAAAGUGGAUUUGGAAUAAGUUUGGAUGAUGAUUAGAUAUCUGAUAUAAUAAUAACAGCAGAUAUUAUAUUUACUUCUCAUCAACUUAUUUCAAUAAUAUCCUAUGGGUAAGCAACAUUAAAAUAUUUAGAUUGUGGAGUUGUAAAUAUGGAUAUUAUAGAAAUCCAAUUGCAUUUAUAAAUGGAAUUGCAUUAUUUUUUGCAAUAUUUCUAAGGCAAUCAUACUUUUAUACAUUAAGAAUACUAUAUUUACUUGAAUUUUUUGUACAUUACAAAAUUUUAAGAAUAGUUAGAAAAUUUUGUUUAACAUUAGAACAUUCAUUUAUCUCAAUUGUUUAUAUCACAAUUAUAAUUUGUUUUUUCUUUUAUGUAUUUGCUGUUGUGGGAUUGUAAAUUUGGACUGGAAUAUUAGGAAAUUAUUGUAUUAAUUAAAAUGAUGAAGUUGAUUAUUAUCCUACUAGAUUAUGUGGUUUUGGAAGAAGUUGUUCUGUUGGUUAUGAAUGUAAGUAGGGAUAUUAUGAAUAACCCUUUAUUUAAUAUUCACAUAAUUUUACUAAAUUUGAUUAUAUUUAGGAAUCAAUGGCUAGUUUAUUUAUAGUACAUUUUAUAGAAGGGUGGGUAGAAAUAGAAUAAAAUUUAGCUGACUCAUUUAAUAAGUAUGUUAGUACAGGUUAUUUAUGGACUUAUAUUUUUAUAAGUUCAUUCUUUUUAUAAAAUUUAAUUGUUGCAAUACUACUUAAGUAUUCUCAACAAGAUAUGCAUUUAGAUGAACCUAUUCAACCUUUAUUACUUUUUAGUAGUCAUACAAAAAUAUCAUUAUCAAAUUAAAAAAGGAAAACUGUUUUUUAAAGUCCUAAUUAUCUUAGUAAAAGUAAAUAAAGAGUUAUGAUGAUGCUUAUGAAUUCAACAAAAAGAAAUAAUGAUUAAAGAAGGAUUAGAACAAUUAUCAAAUCAAUUUUAUCAUCAACAAUAACAAGAUAUUUUUAUAGUCUAUUAUUUCUAGCUAAUCUUGUUGUUUUAUCUUUGAAUGAUGAAUCAGCAUAUAAAAAUAAUUUAGAAGGUACAUUAGCUAAAGUGAAUAUUAUAUUUCUAGUAAUUUAUUUAAUAGAAGACAUAGCAAGAAUAUAUAUAUGGAAAUAAAAGGAAAGUAAAAUAAUAUUAAUAUUGGAAUUUAUUUGUGAUUUUAUAUGUUUAAUAGUCUAAUUAAAUUAAUUAGAAUACCCAUUUAUUUUAAAUGCAAUCAAAGGAAUAAGAUUAUUAUGGGUUUUCAAUUAAUAAACUAGUUGGUCUAAUUAUAGAGUUUUAUUAUCAGCUUUAUGGAAAUCCUUCAAUAAUAUUCCUAUAAUGAUAUUAAUAUUAUUAGUAUAUGGAUUAGUUAUAGGUUUGAUGGGUCGAAACUUUUUUGCUGGAAAACUUAGAUUUAAUGAGUAAGGAUUGUAUGAUUUAAAUGGAUCUUACAUUCCAAGAGCAAAUUUUGAUACUAUGAGAGAGACAAUUACUUCAUUAUUUAUAAUAAUAUGUUCAGAUUAAUGGUAAACCAUUUUUUAUACAACAUUGGAAACUGGAUCUUGGAUUCCAUAUAUCUUUUUUAUUUGUGUUUAAUUUAUAUGUAAAUUUUUUAUACUACCUUCAUUAUUAACUUUGAUGCUUGAUAAUUAUGAGGAUGCUAAAAAUGAAGCUGAUAUAUCCAAAGCCAAAGCAGCCAAAGUUAUUUCUACAAUGUAAAAUAAAUCAAGAAUUGUACCAACAAAAGAAACAUCAUUAUUAUAAGUUAACAAUUUAUAAAAUGAAAAGAAACGCUUUUUUGGAAGAUUAUCAAAGGUAUCAGAUGACAGUGAAAAAGAAGAGGAUAAUUCAAAACCAUAACCAGGAUUAAAAAGAUCAUAAUCAAGAUAUUAUUAAGUUUAAACUUUUAGAAGUACUGAUGAUUCCUAAAUAAUAAUGCCUAUCUCAUUUUCAUUAUCAAAUUUAAAAUAAUUCUUUUUAAAUUCUUCACUUUUUAUUCUUCAUAAUAAAUCUAAUUUAAGAAAAAGACUACAUUAUAUUACUCAAUAAAAAUAUUAUGAUUGGGGAAUGAGUACUAUUAUAUUAGUCAAUUUAAUACUUUUAGGAUAUGACAAACCUCUAAGAUAAGAUAAUAUAAAUAUUGAUAUACUUAAUUAUAUAUUUACUGGUAUUUUUAUAUUGGAUUCAUUACUAAAAAUAUUAGCUCAAGGAUUCUAUUGGAAUAAAUUAGAACCUCAAAAAUCAUUUAUAAAGAAUAACAACAAUUAAUUAGAUUUUUUAAUUCUUAUUAUAAGUUCUCUUGAUGAUCUCAAUAUUUAUAAUAACUAAUAUCUUAAAGCAUUUAGAGCUUUAAGAACUCUUAGAAUUCUAAUCACACUUCGAGUAAUUAAUUUUGAUAUAUAUAUAGAGAGGAUCAUAAAAUGAAUAACUAAAUUUAAUAUCCAGGUCUUUACUAUAAACUAUCUCAUUACUUUCAUCAAUGAUUUUUGUAACUGGCAUAAGUUUAUGGAUUUUAAGUAUUAUUUGUAUGACAAUUUGGAAAGGCAAACUUUAUUUUUGUUCUUAAGUAUCUUUGAAAGAAUUUGAAGAGAUUAUUACUUAAGAAGAUUGCAUAAACAAAGGAGGUUAAUGGAUAAAUAAUAUAACUAAUUAUGAUACAAUUUAAGAUUCUUUACUUUGUUUAUUCAGAUUAAUUAUUGGAGAGGGUUGGACUUAAUAAAUGUUUAGUGUAUCUGAUAUUACAGAUAGAGGACUCAAUCCUAAAAUUAAUUCAUCAUCCUAAUAUUAGUUAUUCUUUUAUGUAUUAAUAUUUUCAUUGAAUAUUGUAUUACUUAAUCUAAUUACAGGGUUGAUCAUCAAUAAUUAUAGAACAAUUAAGGAGAACAUAGCCAAUUUUUAAUCAUUGAAUGAAUUUUAAAGAUAAUGGAUAUAAAUGAUGUAAAUUAUGUAAAAGAAAAAGCUUAUCAAUCUCAUACCAAAACCUUAAAAUAAGUAUAGAUUAAUAUGUUAUCAUUUGACAAGCAAUCAAUAUUUUGAGGCAAUCAUUUUAAUUUUGCUAAUGAUAAAUCUAAUUUUGUAUUAAUUUCUCUAAUAUCUAGUUGUUCAUCUUAUAGUGGGAACUAGAAUACUACUACCUAAGAGGCAUUAUAUGGAAUGAAUAUAUUCUUUAUUGUAAUAUUCCACAUUGAAUUAUUCAUCAAAUUACUUGCAUAUUGGGUCCAUUUUUUUAGAGAUAUUCUCAAUAAAUUUGAUUUAAUAGUUUUGAUAAUUACUGAUAUAUUGUUGAUUAUGAAAGACAACUUUGAAUUGCCUAGACUUUACACUAUUCCUUUUAUUAUAAGAUCAUUAAGAAUCAUAAGAGCUAAUAAAUUAUUUAAAUUUAAUAAAUAAUUAAGAGUUCUAAUUGAUGUAAUUUAAGAUUUGAUACCUACAUUAUUAAGUGUUAUUGUAUUUAUAGCUAUAACUAUAAUUAUAUACUCACUUAUAGGUGUUCAAGCAUUUUCAACAAUAUGGAGUACUUCAUCAGAUCCUCAAUAUCCAUAUACAAUGGAGGAAAACUAGAGAACAAAAUCAUUUUCAAAUUUCUUAGAUGGAAUUUUAAUCUUAAUAGAUAUUUCUACUGGUUAAUAUUGGUCAUUGUAUAUGGCAGAUUAUACAAUUGAUACUUAAGGAUGUCAUGCAUAAACUCCAGACUAAUUUGAAUUAGAAGGAGCAAGAGGUUGCAGUACAAUAUUUGCUUACUUUUUCUUUAUCAGUUAUUUGGUUUUAAUCCGAAUCAUAAUGACUUCAUUAUUUUUAGCUAUGAUAAUUGAAUCCUAUCAAGAAUGUCAAUUAGAAAAUACAGCAGCUAUAAAUCCAUAUCAAUUAGAAGAUUUUUUAAUUAAAUGGUCUGAUUAUGAUCCAUAAGGUACAGGUUGGAUCACUCCAGAAGAUUUUGCAUUUUUAAUGUUUGAAAUAAAUCCACCUUUAGGUUUUAAAGAUGAAAAUUCAUAAUAUUAUGAAUUUGCGGCAAGUAAAAAUUAAUUAAAAUAUUUAGAAAAUCAAAAAUAAAAAUCUCAUAUCUAUAAUCAUAAGAAAAAAAUGAGAUUAUUUAAAACUGAAAUCUUUCAAAAAUUAAGUGAUUAUCAAGUUUAAAUAUAUCAAAAUUAAAUGGUUCAUUUUAAAGAUAUAUGUAUUCAAUUAGCCUAUAAUGCAAUUAAAAAGAAAAAUGAUCUUAAUGGAAUUGAAUAAAUUGAAGACAAAACCAUUUUACGUUAAAUAAGAAAAUCAUGGGAGUCCAGAUAUCCAGAUUUAAUUGGAAAGAAAGCACAAUAAUUUGCAAUUGAUAUCUUUGCUAUCAAUUCCAUUACUGAUAUUUUGAGAGGGUAUUAAUGAACUGUAUUUAGAGUUAUUGAGAGAAGAAAAAUUAAGAAAAGAAUUAAAAAUAUGUAAAAAGAGAAAAACUUAAAACAAUUAGAAAUUAAUGAAAAUGCUUAUAGAGCAAACUAAACUUUCAUUGAAAGAUAUAAAGGUAGAAGAAAGAGUUAAAUCAGAAAAAGAGUUUAUCCCUUUAUUUAAACUAACUCAUUCAAAAAGAAUAAAUCUAAUGUUGAUGGAGAAAUAACCAUUCAUCAACCUAAGAGAUCUGAAUAUCAAAAUUAAUAAUAAUAAUAACAAAACAAUGAAGAUAAAAGUUAAUUAAGGAAUCUUAAUUUUUAUAUUGAUCCUAAUGAAAUGUGUAAUGGAUUUCCUAUGAAAGUCAUAUGUGAAACUCAAAAAAUAGAUUUCCCUGCUAUUAAAUCUGAUAAAAGCUUAGGAACUCUUUAUUUAUCUUAAAGUGAAAAACAAGUCAAGAAAUAAGGAGGUUACAUUUCUGAAAAAUGUUCAGAUGAAGAAAAUCAAUAAGAUAGUAUUAUUUAGAAUUUUAAGAAAAAUGAUAUGUUUGAAUGA